GUUUUUGCUUGCCUUUCGCGACGCCGCGCCAUCGCCUUCACUUCUUCCCGCCUCUCGCCUCCAAAAAUCCCCUUCGAAACGAGACGCGGGAGCUCGCGAUCGCCGGGCGCAACCGAGGAGGAGGAGGAAGACCCUUGCCGUUGUGGCCGCCGGAGCUGGUCGCCGUUGAUGCGGCAGGCCGAUACCCUUUAAAUUAUUAGAUGGCUCAGGCUGCAAGACUGAAUCUGCGAAUGCAGAAAGAGGUUAAGCUUCUUCUAAAUGAUCCACCUCAUGGGGUCUCCCUUAAUCUUUCUGGGGAUGAAAGUGCCUUGUCAUCGUUGUUGAGUUUCGAGGCCAGAAUACAGGGACCUGAUGAAACUGUUUAUUCAAAAGGAGUUUUUGUUCUGAAGAUCCAAAUUCCUGAAAGAUAUCCUUUUCAACCUCCCAAUGUGACAUUUGUUACUCCUAUUUAUCAUCCCAACAUAGACAAUGGAGGACGAAUUUGCCUUGAUAUACUAAAUUUACCACCAAAGGGUGCCUGGCAACCAUCGCUCAACAUUGCUACUGUUUUGACAAGCAUUGGUUUGCUGCUAAGUGACCCAAACCCUGACGAUGGGCUGAUGGCUGAAAUAAGUCGAGAGUACAAAUACAACAGACAAGUUUUUGACAUAAAUGCUCGGUCCUGGACUGAAAAGUAUGCUAAUCCUUCAGCAAUUGGCGCUAGUGGUUGGAGCUCUGUAGAUGUUUCAACCCUGGCACCAAACAUACAAGAGGAGAAGCUAAGCCUGGAGCCUUUGCCAAAAGCUUCAAAUAAAAAUUGUGAUGGGAGUAGAAAGAAGAUGAGGCUACUUAGUCAAAAGUUAUCUCUGAAAUCAGUACCUGAAGAGAAUACCACCACUGGCAAAAAGGACCUGGUGACAAACCACUUAUCAUCGACAGCAAGACCCACUGAUCCUACUGCAUGCUUGUCUGAUGUUUCAGGCAAACUGAAUGAUACCUCAGAAAGCAUAUCUGUCAUCGCAGAUAGUGCAGUGACUUCAAAGAAAGAAUACCAAGGAACUAGAAGGAACUUGCAGUUACUUGGGCAGGGGCUUCCUGUUACAUCAGAAGGUCCUAGCAAGAACAGUAAUGGCAGUGUGGAAGAUAAGUUACCUAAUCAUCUUCUAGCAUCAGCAUCAUCGAACACUAAGCAUCCUGUCAUGGGAUCUUCUGAUAAUGCUUUAGAGAAGAGUAGUGCAAAGCGCAUUGGUGAGUCAUUAGAUAGCUUGUAUAAAGCAUCAGAAGGCGAUGGUACAAAUGUGAGGUCACUUGGUCAGAAGUUGUCACUGAAAUCGGCAAAGCCUGAAAGCAAGAGCAAUGUUCAGAAGGAAAACAUGGCUCCAAAUCAUCUGCCUUCAUUGUCAGGCUUCAGUAAUCUGGAUAAAAGACAAUCGCAUGUUAUUUCAGGGGGAAAUUCCAUUGGGCAUACUAAUCUGGUUCAACAAAAUUCUAACAACGAAAAUGUACUUCCAAGUACCCAGUUGAUACCAAGUAAAGAAUGCAAUCAAGGCCGAAAGAAGCUGCAUUUACUAAGUAAGAGGCUGUCAUUGAAAUCUGAGCUGCCUGCAGACAAGACCAUUGAGAAGGAAUAUAUGCAAACAGAUUGUUCUCAAAACAACAGGAAGCCCAAUGAACUUCCGUUGUCAGCGCCUGUCCUCAAAAAUCAGAUCUUGGGUACCAUUGAUCCACAGAAAGAUGCCAGGCAAAGCAAGUCUUCCAUCCAACAAAACACAACUCCUGUGGAGAGGAUUGUUGUUUCAGAUAGUGAAGAUAGUGCUGAUGAAUGUGAAAGACCUUCAAGAUCAAGGCUCUCAUUGAUGAGGAGACGAUUGGCUGGAAAACCAAGAAGCUAACUUGACCCAAAAUCUUCGGCGUUUCAUAGGCUACCGUGUAAAGUCAUGGAAGAUGGCAAUGCUUCAGUAAAUUCUCUUGACUGUUUAUGAUCACAUAUGUGAUACGUUCUUAUCUUUAUGUUGCCCUAUCUAUGAUAUGGGUGUUCGGACUUCGGAACAUGCUGCGCUAGCAUCUAGUAGAAUUUUUCAUAGAAUUCCAUGCCUGCCUGCUAGCCCGCUUGUGUUAACUGUCCUUUCUGUAUCCUGCUGUAAUAUCUAAGACUAUGCAGCUGUCACUGA